AUGGAGAAGCAUUCUGAACAGUCACAUCCCGUCUUGGGUUCCCAAGCCUAUACUCAGUCUCUCAGGCAGCAAUCCAGCUCAACUGGUGAGACCUAUCACCAUGAUGCAAGCUUCGAACAACAAACCACGGAACAAUUCCACAAGAUUGCCGAAGCUCCCAUCGACCCAACUUUAACCGACAGCUCGACUGUCAGCUCGACCAUCAGUGAAGGUGAUGGCCGCUGGGGAGAGAAGGAGGCUGGAAAUGGCGUCUCUCGCAGUGGCGCCAUGGAGGACAUGGAAGAGAUGCGCCGCGAACUCACCCGUCUCAGCUUGAACCGCACCCGUUCUGUCAUCAAGAGCAAUCGCCGUCGAAAAUCGCCAGCCAACCACCGCGAUGAAGAAAAGGUCACGGACGAAGAAGAGACCGAGGAUGAAGCGGACGACAGCUUCAAUCUGGGGGAGUUUUUGACUGGUGGUCAUUUGGAGCGUCGCACGACCGCUGGCGAACCGGCCAAGAAGGUCGGCGUCGUCUUCAAGAACCUUACCGUGCAGGGGGUAGAGACUGGCGCCUCUUUCGUGCGCACUCUUCCCCAGGCUGUCAUCGGUACUUUUGGCCCAGAUUUGUAUCAUCUCGUCUGCACAUUCGUGCCGCAGCUGCGGUUCGGCAAGCAACCGCCUGUUCGCGAUCUGAUCCAUGAUUUCAGCGGUGCUGUGCGCGAAGGUGAGAUGAUGCUAGUGCUAGGCCGUCCCGGUGCUGGUUGUACCACCUUCCUCAAGGCGAUUGCGAACGACCGUGGUGCUUUUGUUGGUGUCCGUGGGGAGGUCAGCUAUGGUGGUCUGUCAUCUGAGGACCAGAAUAAGCACUUCCGUGGAGAAGUCAACUAUAACCCCGAAGAUGACCAGCACUUCCCAUCGCUCACCGUCUGGCAAACUCUCAAAUUCUCCCUGAUCAACAAAACUCGCAAGCAGGACCGGGAAAGCAUCCCCAUUAUUGUUGACGCCCUGCUGAAAAUGUUCGGUAUCACUCACACCAGGAAUACCCUCGUUGGUAACGAGUAUGUCCGCGGUGUUUCUGGAGGUGAGCGCAAGCGUGUGAGUAUCGCAGAGACCCUGGCCACCAAGUCUACAGUUGUCUGCUGGGAUAACUCGACUCGCGGUCUAGAUGCGAGCACUGCACUGGACUACGCCAAGUCCCUCCGCAUCAUGACCGAUGUCAGCAAGCGCACUACCUUCGUCACCCUCUACCAAGCUGGAGAGAGCAUCUACGAGCUCAUGGACAAGGUGAUGGUUAUUGACGAGGGCCGUAUGCUCUACCAAGGUCCAGCCCGGGAAGCACGACAAUACUUCAUCGAUCUGGGCUUCUACUGCCCCGCGCAAUCGACGACAGCCGACUUCCUCACUUCGCUCUGCGACCCCAACGCCCGCGAGUUCCAGCCUGGCCGUGAAGCAUCCACUCCCAAAACCGCCGAGGUACUCGAAAACACCUUCAAGAAUAGUCAGGCCCACAACCGUAUCUUGAAGGAUGUCUCCAGGUAUGAGAAACUUCUCCAAGAUACGCAGCAGGAGGACACGCGUCGCUUCCAAUCCACGGUUGCACAGUCCAAGUCGAAGUCCGUUUCCAAGAUGUCGCCAUACACCGUCUCAUUCGUCCGUCAGGUCAUGGCCUGUGUACAGCGCGAGUUCUGGCUACUCCGGGGCGACAAAACCUCCCUGUGUACAAAGUACUUUAUUGUCAUUUCCAACGCCCUCAUCGUUUCCUCCUUGUUCUAUGGAGAGUCCCUCGAUACCAGCGGCGCUUUCUCGCGGGGAGGUGCUCUGUUCUUCUCGAUUUUGUUCCUUGGCUGGAUGCAAUUGACCGAGCUAAUGCCGGCUGUCACUGGACGCGGCAUCGUCGCCCGUCACAAGGAUUACGCUUUCUACCGUCCCUCUGCGGUUUCUAUUGCCCGCGUUAUUGUCGACUUCCCUGCUAUCCUCAGCAUGGUCGUUCCAUUCACGAUUAUCGUCUAUUUCUUGAGUGGUCUCGAUAUCACAGCUUCCAAGUUCUUCAUCUAUUUCCUGUUCGUGUACAUGACUACCUUCUGCCUCACCUCCCUCUACCGCAUGUUCGCUGCGCUGUCACCGUCGAUCGAUGAUGCGGUGCGUUUUGGUGGUAUUGCUCUGAAUCUGCUUGUGUUGUAUGUCGGUUAUGUCAUUCCCAAGCAGACUCUUAUCAAGGAGUCCAUCUGGUUCGGUUGGCUGUUCUAUGUCAACCCCAUCGCGUACAGUUACGAGGCCGUCUUGACAAACGAGUUUUCCGAUCGUGACAUGGACUGCAAUCCCUCCCAGCUUAUCCCACAAGGUCCCGGCAUGGAUCCCCGAUACCAGGGAUGUGCUUUGACUGGGUCGUCAUUGGGCGAAACAUCUGUUACUGGAGUUCAGUACUUGACUGCCAACUUUGAGUUCACGCGCAGCCAUCUAUGGCGCAACUUUGGUGUUGUCAUUGCCUUCACCGUGCUUUACAUUCUGGUGACUGUCCUUGCUGCUGAGACUCUCUCAUUCGUUGGUAGUGGGGGCGGUGCUCUAGUCUUCAGAAAGUCCAAGCGCACUAAGAAGGCCGCUGCACUGUCCACCAACGAUGAAGAGAAGGUCGCCAACGCAAAUGACAACGCCGCUCUUGCUCGUGGCCAGAUCACUGCCAAUGAUGAUGCUUCUUUCAAUCGCCUGACCUCAAGUGAGCGUUGCUUCACCUGGCAGAAUGUAGAAUACACUGUCCCCUAUGGCAACGGAACACGCAAGAUCCUCAACGGUGUCAAUGGUUAUGCCAAACCCGGCGUCAUGAUCGCCCUGAUGGGUGCCUCCGGUGCUGGAAAGACGACUCUACUCAAUACCGUGGCCCAGCGCCAGAAGACAGGUGUGGUUACCGGCGAUAUGCUCGUCGAUGGCCAUGAGCUGGGUGCUGAUUUCCAGCGUGGCACAGGUUUCUGUGAGCAAAUGGAUCUGCACGACAACACUUCUACUAUCCGCGAAGCCUUCGAGUUCUCAGCUAUCCUCCGCCAACCCCGCGAUGUCUCACACAAGGAGAAAAUUGACUACGUGGACCGCAUUAUCGACCUUCUCGAACUCGAGCAUAUCCAGGACGCCAUCAUCGGCUCUCUCAACGUCGAGCAGAAGAAGCGGGUCACCAUUGGCGUCGAGCUCGCUGCAAAGCCCAAUCUACUUCUUUUCCUGGAUGAACCCACCUCUGGUCUCGACAGCCAAGCUGCAUUCUCCAUCGUCCGCUUCCUCAAGAAACUCUCUCAAGCCGGUCAAGCCAUCGUCUGCACGAUCCACCAGCCCUCCUCCAUGAUCAUCCAGCAAUUUGACAUGAUCCUCGCCCUCAAUCCGGGAGGCAAUACCCUCUACUUCGGCCCCGUCGGCAAAGAUGGCACUUGCGUAGUCAAGUACUUCAGCGACCGUGGCUUCGACUGCCCACCCUCAAAGAACGUCGCCGAAUUCAUUCUCGAAACAGCUGCGAAAGCAACCCACCGCAACGGAAAACUCGUCGACUGGAAUGCCGAAUGGCGCAAAUCAGACCAAAACCGCGAAAUGCUCGCUGAAAUCGAACGCAUCCGCACAGAGCGAAGCCAACUUCCCAUCGAGGAAUCCGUCUCCGCCAAUUACGAGUUCGCAGCCCCAACCUCAACCCAAACUCUCCAGCUAACAAAACGUCUCUUCAACAACUACUGGCGCGACCCAUCCUACUACUACGGCAAACUCUUCGUCUCAGUCAUCAUCGGUAUCUUCAACGGCUUCACUUUCUACAUACUCUCAAACACAGUAGCCUCAAUGCAAGACCGAAUGUUCUCCGUUUUCCUAAUCAUCCUCAUCCCGCCCAUCGUCCUCAACUCCAUUGUGCCCAAAUUCUACGUAAACCGCGCCCUUUGGGAAGCACGAGAAUACCCAUCCCGCAUCUACGGCUGGGUCGCCUUCUGCACAGCAAACGUCGUCUGCGAGAUCCCUGCUGCUAUUAUUUCAGGCCUGAUCUACUGGCUGCUGUGGUACUACCCAGUCGGAUUCCCAACCGACUCUUCAAACGCAGGAUACGUCUUCCUGAUGACUGUCCUAUUCUUCCUAUUUCAGGCAUCGUGGGGCCAGUGGAUCUGCGCAUUUGCGCCUUCUUACACUGUCAUCUCGAACGUUCUCCCCUUCUUCUUCGUCAUGGUCAAUCUCUUCAACGGUAUUGUCCGCCCUUACUCGGAUUACCCCGUCUUCUGGAAAUACUGGAUGUACUACGUCAACCCGGUGACCUGGUGGUUGCGCGGUGUGCUCUCGGCUGUUUUGCCAGAUGUCCAGGUUGAAUGUUCAUCGCUGGAAGCUACGCACUUCAACCCCCCGCCUGGAAAAACUUGCGAUGCUUAUGCUGCUGACUUCGUCAAUUCUAUUGCCAAGGCUGGGUACUUGGUUAACCCCCAGGCUACGGCGGAUUGCCAGUACUGUCCCUACAAGGAUGGCGAGCAGUAUAUGGCGAAUUUAAAUGUUCAUGUUGGGGAUAAGUGGCGCUGUUUUGGAAUUUUCCUCGCUUUUGUGAUGAUUAACUGGGCUUUGGUUUAUUUCUUUAUCUACACCGUUCGUGUGAGAGGUUGGAGCUUUGGUAUUGGGUCGCUGUUUGGUGUGGCUGGGUUGCUGAAUGAUCGUGUCAAGGGGUUGUUUAAGGGGGAGAAGAGUGAAGUCUAA